CCCACCUCGGACCUCUCAACCGGGAGGUAACGUUAGCUUAGCGCCAACCCGUUGGCCCAGCUGACCGUGUCCCGGACCUCCCAGCAGCGUUUCUCCUCCUCCUCUCCUCCUGUGCUUCUGUCGCGUUCACCAUGGAGGACGAUGUCUUCACCGACAUCAGCGGGAAACCCAUCUCCCUGGACUGCCAGAGCCACUCCAGCUUCUGCCGGGAGUUCACCGUCAGCUCCCCCAAGGUGUCCAUCGGGAAGGUGCUGGUGUACACCUGCUCCGUGUGGCUGGUCGCAUACAUCGUGUUCUUCUUCACAGAGAACACUGCUGUGCUGUCCAGUGCCAUCGUCAUCACCCUGGUGGGUAUGAUGCUUUACAUCGCCUUGGUGAAGGUGGACCACGAGUCGCUGCUCGUCAUCGGGUCCCUGGGGAUUCAGGUGACCUCCAGCUACGCCUCAGGCCGCGAAACCACCACUUUCAUCGAGAAGAGCAAGAUCAAGGAUAUCGUCAUCAAUGAAGCAAUUUACAUGCAUCAAAUCAUAUACUACCUUUGUGUGCUGUUGAAGGACCCAUCGGAACCUAAUGCCAUUUCCAGCAUUGUGCCUUUGUUUCAGAGUUCAAAGCCUCGACUGAAGUGCUUGGAGAAGGUUUACAGAAGCUGUCAAGAAAUUCUUUCCAAAUGCUGAUGACACUCACCUUGAACAACAACAGAGUUUCUGGCUGCACAACAUACUUUUAGUGUUUCUUCACUGUAGUCAUUUUAUUUUCAGUGGACGAAAGCAGAAAGCGCGAGCAUUAUUAAGUUUAGUUUAAUUUGAUGUACAGCGUAAUUUUUCUAUGUAUUUUCUCCUUUUUUUGUCUUAACCUUUUUUGUAUUGUACUUAAUUUUGUAGUUACUUGAAUAACUUGUGUACAAAUAGCACUAGUCUAACUUAACCUAAAGAGCCAAACUUUUUAACUACACUUUAUUAAAAUAAAUUGUAUUUAACAAUUGCCCUUUGUCACGCCAUUGUCAUACUGUAUAUUUUGAUAAAAAUCGAUUUGAAUAAUCCA